UCAGGUACAUCAACUCUGUCGCAACAAAAUCGACGCUUUGCCGAAAAUGUGAAGCCUCCAUAUUCUUAUAUUGCAUUGAUUACCAUGGCUAUCGAGAGUUCGUCUACUGGUAUGAUGACCCUCAAUGAUAUAUACAGCUUCAUCAUGAAGAGGUUUCCUUAUUACAAAGAAAACCAGCAGAGAUGGCAGAACUCCAUCAGACACAACCUCUCCCUCAAUGACUGUUUCGUCAAGGUGCCCCGACCCCCGGGACGGCCAGGCAAGGGUAACCAUUGGGCUCUGCAUCCAUCUUGUGGGGACAUGUUCGGUAACGGGAGUUUCCUUCGUCGUGCUAAACGUUUCAAGCUGGCACACAGACAGCGCCGAGACGACGCCACCGUUCACCAUGUGAGUUCUUAUGGCCAUUUUAGUCUCUACGGAGGCCCGUCCCCCUACCCUGCUCUUAACCCCCUAAGUCUCGGGUCCUUACCCCAGGGACUGACCCAGCCGCAGCAAUACAGUUUAGGAAGCAAACCUGAUCUCAGUAGCUGGACUGUGGGGUCCCCUACAGGCUACUCUCCGACAACUGGCUACUACAACGCCAACACAAUGAACAGCUCCCUGACGGGCUCCCCACUCUCCAGUUCUCCCCCAGGAAGCUCGCCCCUGGGUGGGGCAUAUAUGCCCCCGGCCCCUGCACCCACUGCAGGAAACAGUCACCCUCAUGCAACCUACCAAGCUCUACAACAACAUUUCUCUUGUGGACAAUACUCCGCCUAUCCCCAUCUGAGAAUGGCGUCAGGAUCGCCUUGA